AUGCCUGCAAUUGGUAUAGAUUUGGGUACAACAUACUCUUGCGUAGGCGUUUGGCAACACGGAAAUGUGGAGAUUAUUGCUAAUGAAAUGGGCAACCGUACAACCCCAUCAUAUGUUGCUUUCACGGACACCGAACGUCUUAUUGGAGACGCUGCGAAGAACCAAGUUGCUCUAAAUCCUAGCAACACAAUAUUUGAUGCCAAACGUCUCAUUGGACAGAUAAGCAGUAUGGUGUUGUCGAAAAUGAAGGAGAUAGCUGAAGUGUAUUUGGGGACCAACAUAAAAGAUGCCGUGGUAACUGUGCCAGCCUAUUUUAAUGACUCUCAAAGACAAGCUACGAAAGAUGCAGGAUCUAUUGCUGGAUUAAACGUUCUUCGUAUUAUCAACGAACCUACAGCCGCUGCUCUUGCUUACGGACUUGAUAAAAAUUUGAAAGGAGAAAGAAAUGUUUUAAUUUUUGAUCUCGGUGGAGGUACUUUUGAUGUGUCUAUCCUUACAAUAGAUGAAGGAUCACUCUUUGAAGUUAAAGCUACUGCCGGUGAUACCCAUCUAGGAGGAGAAGACUUUGACAAUAGACUUGUAAAUUUCCUUGCUGAUGAAUUUAAAAGAAAGCACAGGAAGGAUCUUAGAACGAAUCCAAAGGCCGUUCGUCGUUUGCGAACUGCAGCAGAGCGAGCAAAACGAACUUUAUCGUCUAGUACUGAAGCCAGUAUUGAAAUAGAUGCUUUAUAUGAGGGAAUAGACUUUUUCUCGCGUAUCUCCCGGGCUCGUUUUGAAGAACUCAAUUCUGAUUUGUUUCGUAUAACUUUAGAACCGGUGGAAAAAGCAUUGAAAGAUGCGAAGAUGGAUAAAAAUUCAAUUCACGAUAUAGUUUUAGUAGGCGGAUCUACUCGUAUACCUAAAAUCCAAAGUUUACUUCAAAACUUUUUUAACGGAAAGAAGCUAAACUUGACUAUAAACCCCGAUGAAGCCGUCGCUUACGGAGCUGCUGUGCAAGCUGCCAUCUUGGGUGGCGAGCGCCACUCAAAAAUACAAGAUGUCUUGCUUGUUGACGUGACACCUUUGUCACUCGGUAUCGAGACAGCUGGAGGAGUAAUGGCUAAGAUUGUCGAACGUAACGCCAAAAUACCCUGCAAACACUCUCAAACCUUCACGACUUAUUCUGACAACCAGUCCGCUGUCACCAUUCAAGUGUAUGAAGGCGAGAGGGUUAUGACGAAAGACAAUAAUUUACUAGGAACGUUUGAUUUGACUGGUAUCCCGCCAGCACCAAGAGGUGUACCACAGAUCGAUGUGGCGUUUGAUAUGGACGCAAACGGUAUUCUGAACGUAUCAGCUAAAGAAAACAGCACAGGAAAGAGUAAGAAUAUAGUGAUAAAGAAUGAUAAAGGCAGACUUUCGCAAGCAGAAAUAGAUAGGAUGUUGUCUGAAGCUGAGAAAUAUAAAGAUGAAGACGAUCGUCAAAGAGAUCGCGUGGCGUCUCGUAACAAACUGGAAACAUACUUGUAUGGAGCUAAACAAGCGAUCGACGAAGCUGGUAGCAAGCUCGGGGAGGGGGAGUGUUCGAAAGCUCGCCGAAAGUGUGAUGAGGUUUUAAAAUGGUUAGAUGCAAAUUCUUUGGCUGAAAAGGAGGAAUAUGAAGACAAGUAUAAGGAAGUGAAUAGAGUUUGUGCACCCUUAAUGAAGAAGUUGCAUGUUGGGGGUGGUAGCCGCCAGGGAGGCGCCACCGGCGGAGGCAGCGAUGGUCCCGUUAUUGAAGAAGUGGAUUGA